AUGGAUUCAAAUGUGUUUGUAGUUGUACUAUAUGAUGGGGCUUGGCCAGUUGAAGGUUUCAACUGGAUAUUCAAUAAUCCAAAAAGUAAGAUGUUAAUGUUUGACGUUGACACUACUUUAGAAAAGAUGAAUGAUAUUUUGUAUGAAGAGUUGGAUAUAGACCCUCUUAUGUAUGAACUGAAAAUAGAGGUGUGUUAUAUGUACAUGAAAGGCAAUAUGAUACCGCCAAAAGUUUUAGUCAAAGAUAGUCAAGUAAGAUUGUUCUUAAGAAUGAAGGCAAAAAUGAGGGUGGAGAACUUACUGCCACUGUUUGUGACUAAGGUUAAAAGGCAUGCGCUUUUGGGGCCUACUCUGCCAACUGUCCUCCCAAGAAGUGUUGUUGGGAGUUUUGUCCCAGAAACAGAUCUAGCCGUAAGGAUGAAUGAACAGGCCUGUACUAAUAUAGAUGAGGAUAAUAGGGUUGACAAUGGAUUUGACCAGUUUAAUGAGUUUGAUGGUACAUUUUACAAUAAUGAUCCUAUAGUAGAUUUGAACGAGGAUGGUGAUGCGGAGUUGGAAGUUGAUGAAGCUAUAGAGGUACCUUCUUUAAGGUUAGAACUACCUCCACCAUCUCCACCACGUCCAAGGGAGCAAAGGAAAGACCAAGAAAGAAGAACCCCUCGGAGUGAAAAUCACGAAACACCAGGCAUCGAUGGCGUAGCCUGGGAAAUAUAUGUUGGCAAGCUGUAUACAAAUAAGACAGAAUUGAGAAAUGUGGUUGGAAGGUUUGCAUUGAAAAUGAAUUUUGAGUUCAUGGUGAAGAAGUCUGGGACCAAUGUUUUUUAUGCAACUUGCAGGGGUUCAGAUUGCAAAUGGAGAGUGAGGGGGAGGAAGAGGGCACGUUGUGACAUGUUUGAGGUUACUGUAUUCCACAACGAACACACAUGUAGCCUGGAUUCUAGACAUGGUGAUAACCGUCAAGCAGCACCGUGGGUUGUUGGCCACCUCAUUAAGAACAAGUUCAGAUUAGAUGGAACUAAGUACAAAGCUAAAGACAUACAAAGGGAUAUGUUUCAGGAGUAUGGGAUCAAGAUGAGUUAUGAGAAGGCUUGGAGGUGCCGAGAGAAGGCACUUAUGUAUUCGAGGGGUACGCCAGCAGCAGCUUAUAGUCAGUUACCUGGUUACUUUUACGUGCUGGAACAGAAGAAUCCAGGUACUAUUACAAACAUUAUCACAGAGGACAACAGGUUCAAGUACUAUUUCUGGUCACUGGCUGCUUGUAGGAGGGGAUUUAAGUUUUGUCGUCCUGUGAUUAGUAUCGACGGCACGUUCUUGAAUACAAGGUUUGGGGGCACAAUGCUAGUUGCUGUAGCGUACGAUGCAAAUAACCAAUUGUUUUCGAUUGCCUUUGAAAUUGUUGACAGCGAGAAUCAUGACUCUUGGAAGUAUUUCUUGCAGAAGUUAAAGGAAGCGAUUGGGGAGGUUGAAAACUUAGUGUUUGUAUCGGAUAGGCAUCAAAGCAUUGAACAUGCUGUCAAGGUAAUUUUCCCUGAAGCAUGCCACUGUGCAUGCUACAAACAUAUUUCUAUGAAUGUCACCCACAAGUUCAAGACUGAUGUAUGUAACACGCAAAUAUGGCUGGCCGCUUACGCAUGGUCCAAGAGGGAAUGUGAUAGACAUUUGCAGGUGCUUCGAUAG